AUUUGUUUGCCUCAAAACGGACGGCGGAACCGAGGAGUGAUGUAAAAGCCCCACUCAUUAUAUUGUAUUUUAAACUACCGCGUCUCAAAUAAUACAUUUGUAUAACCCGUAAGUUUCACCUUUCCCUGAAAAAGAUUAGUGUAGCAAGUUAGCCAUUUGUUUAACAGACCAAAAGGUUUAGUUAGCUAGCUAGCUAAGCCUAUCUGAGAUUGUUUAGCCAGCGCUAGCUGCCGCGGUAAGCACAGUUACCCAGACUGCGCCUUCGCCAUGGAAGCAGAAGUCGAGUUUUUACGUGAUCAAGUCCACAGAUUAAAUUCUGCUCUCAGUCAGUAUCAGUAUGGGCACGGUACUCAAUCCACAUCAUCUCAGGUUGAGGAGGCAAGACGGGCAGAGUCUCCUACACCUUGGAUCUCAGAUAGAAGCAUAAUGGCUCCACUGAUAGCGGAGUACGAUCGGCACAUGGAUGAAAUGACUGAUCAGCUGCAGAGAUACCAGGGGCUGAUGACAGAUGUCAAAGUGAAGUUGGAGAGGGUUGUCAAGGAGAAUGAAAGGCUGCAUGCAGAGUUGAGGGACUCUGUUGAGAAACAGCUUCACGCCCUGCCGGUGGCUUCGGGAGUGAAGGGCAGCACCCUGGAGGAGGAAGCAGUCAUCAGAAAUCUCCAAGAACAGGUCCAGCUGUGUGAACAGGAGCGGGUGCAGGCCAUGGAGCUGUGGCAGACCGCAGCCCAGGAGCUGGACCGCCUCCAGCAGACCUACCAGAAGACUGUCUCAGAUGGACAGAUCCACGAUGCUCAUAGGCAGCAGCUCAAGGAUCAGCUUGUUCAGUUCCAGCAGCACACACACAAACUCCAAGUGGCCAAUCAGAAACUGGAAUCGACUAGCCAGCAGUUCCUGAAGACGGUGACAGAGCAGAGCACAGAAAUGGAGGAGCUACACAGCCAGCUCAGGCAGGCCAAAGCUGAGCUGAGGACGGCCACAGCCAAAGUGGAUGAGAUGACCAAACUGCUACAGAAUGUCCAGGACCAGAUGCAGAGACGGGAGGAAGAAGUGGCAGACGCUCAGGUCCGAGAGGACGCAGCAGACAGACGGCUCCAACAACUUCAGGCGGCCUUGAGCCAGCUAGAGGCCAGACUAAAAGCUGCAUCUCAGGAGGCUGAAUCAGUUCGCAGAGAUCAAACUGUGUGGGAGAGAAAGGUGGGGGUACUCCAGGCACGUUGUACCACCCUAGAAGAGGAAAAGUAUGAGGCCCUGGCCAAAGUUCGAGAGAGUGUUCAGGUGGCUGAGGAGGCUGCAUUGCAGAAGGACCAGGCCCAGUUAAGAGAGAAACAGAAGAUAGAGGAGCUGGAGAAGACAAAGGAGGCCAUCAAACAGUUAAUCCAGGACGCUGCAGUCCGCACCAGAAAAGAGGUGGAUAAUGUGCGCAAGCAGUGCAAUGUUCAAAUUGACCGUAUGGCCGAGGAGCUGUCUGCACUGCAGCUGGAGUGUGCAGAUAAAGAGUCUCAGAUUGAAAGGUCCCUGCGGGAGAGAAAAGCUGUAGAGGAGGAGCUGGAGAAGGUGUAUAAGGAGGGCAGGGCAGAGCCAGAGUUCAGGAAGAUUGAUGCCCUUCACCAGAGGUGUCUAGAUGCAGAGAGGAUGAAGGAAGACAUUAGCCUCACUCUGCAAAGCACACAGAACAAACUGAGGAAGCUGGAGAUGGACUACAGUGAGGAGCUGUCACGGUGCCAGGAGGAAGUGGGGCGGCUGCAGGGCUCUCUGGCUGCAGCCCGGGACGACUGUGUCAGCGUCAGCGAGGAGCGUCUCCAGCUGCAACAGGAGAACCUGCAGCUACGCAGGGAGAUGGAUGAGCUGCGCAAGGCCUCCCUGCUGGUCCAAAAGAAGGCCAAACAACAGCUGUCACAGAUGGAGCAGGAGUACAGCCUGAAGGAGCAGGGACUUGACGCACGCGUGCAGGAGCUGGAGGAAAGCAGCCGAAGCUCCAGUGUUGAUCUGACGCGCCUCCUUACAGCACAGCAGAAAAGUACCCAGCGCUGGAAAGAAGAGGCCAAGAACCUUGUUCAUGCCUUCGAGACUAAAAUCACAGGCCUCAAGGCAGAGCUGAAUCGGCAGAAGCAGCGUUCCUACGAGCUGGAGAUGCAGCUUGAAACUGACCAUAAUACUGUUGCUGAGUAUGAGAGGCAGCUAGCAGAGUAUCAAGAGAAGACGAGUCUUCUCCAGAGACGACUGACACAAGCUGAACAAAAGGCAACCACUGCUACACAACAACUGAAUUUGUUGGCAUCACAGCGAAGAAAAGCUGCCAUGGUGGAUCCAGAGACUCUCUAACAGUCUUUUUAUUUUAUUUUAUUUUUUUAUUUAACCAGGAAAUAAUCCCAUUGAGAUUCAAAAUGUCUUUUACAAUAUUCUAGUAUUUAUAAUGUAGCCAUGUGUGUUUAGAGUAUGUUGCUCCUUUUUGUAAACAUUUUGGCCAUUUGGUUAAUAAAUGGCAACAUGUUCUAAUUUUAUACACUAAUGUUGUUUGUCUGAUGUUUGGUAUGUAAAAUAAACUUUGUUAUAACAAAAUGAA